CGACAUGUGGCCUCCUGGCUCCUGCGAACCGCAAAGCGCGAGAUUGCGACGAAGACGAAAGACACAAGCACGGAACAUCACCCGACCUGCGACCACCACACGCGCCGCCGCCUGCCGUCCAAUCGUCCAGGUCCCUACGUCCCAUCGCAGUCCAGGCAUCCAUCACUCUGCACUCCAGUCACCACUAUCUAGCCGUGCCGCCGUGGACUUCGGAUUCCAGCCCUCCAGCCUUCACUCUCUAGGCGGAGGACGUCUGGAAUCUAUAGGGGACUUGGUGCAGCCUGACAGACUUUAAAGCCACUGCUUCUCCUUGAGGCAUGGAUUCCCGGAUGGGCAAUACAAUGGAGGACAUCUUCGACUCAUCUCUGAAUGUAGAGGAUAUCUAUUACAAACAAGGACACACCGAUGGCUAUGCUGAUGGCCUAUCAUCCGGAGUAGAGGAAGGUCGUCAGGUAGGCCUAAAAACUGGCUUCGAAACCGGGUUAGAAUUGGGCUUCUACAGAGGUUGUGUCGAUGUGUGGAGCUCCGCAAUCCGGCUAGAUCCAACCUGUUUCUCGACUCGUGUUCAGAAAAACAUCAAACAGAUUGAUGAAUUGCUCCAAAGGUACCCUAUAUCUGACCCCGAAAAUGAAUCUGUUACUGAUACUAUGGAGUCCUUGAGGAUGAAGUUCCGAGCUAUCUGUGCCACCCUCAACGUUAAGUUAGAGUAUAAGGGUUAUCCUAGGGCAUCCGAUUCUCAGAAAACUGGAUUUUGAUGGUAUAUUCUAUUCUAUACAGUAAAUGAUGUAUAUUGUUCACCUAAGUUUUGUAUUUUUUGUUUUCAAUUUAUGAAAAUCAGUUCAUGAUUGUUCUGAAUAAUGAAUUAAAUUGAGCUUCGAAGAAUCGUUUUUCAUGUGUAUUGAUGGUGAACUGUUAGAUAUUAAUGACACUAAUAAUUAAUUAGUGCGUACAUUAGCUAAUGAGUUAGGCAAGGAACCUGUCUGGUCUUAGAAUAGGACUUCUCACCAACUGGGAACCUGCGGUAGGUUCAGUAUUCAUAAUUGUUCUAAGCAUUGCCAUGUUCUUGCUAUUAUAUUUGGAUCACAUUUAUUG